CCAAAUUAUCAGUUAUGUGGUAUUUAUUCUAAUACUAAUUAAUUUAUUUAAAGUGUCAUAAAUUUUUGCUUAGCAAAGGAACUAAACAAUGUGCGCAUUGGUAAUCUUUCAGGACCUGGGAGCCGCCGCUUCUUCCGCCGGGGCCUGGUCUCCGCAGCUCUACCGCCGUCAUGUCGGCUGCGAUUGCAGCUCUGGCUGCUUCCUAUGGUUCGGGUUCAGGGUCCGAAUCGGACUCGGACAGUGAGGGCGGACGGUGUCCGCUGCCAGCGGCGGACUCCCUCAUGCACUUGACCAAGUCGCCUUCCGCCAAGCCCUCUCUGGCGGUGGCGGUGGACGCGGCUCCGGAGGUGGCAGUUAAGGAAGAUUUGGAGACCGGAGUUCACCUUGACCCUGCUGUCAAGGAAGUACAGUAUAAUCCUACCUAUGAGACCAUGUUUGCUCCUGAGUUUGGACCAGAAAAUCCCUUUAGGACACAGCAAAUGGCUGCCCCCAGAAAUAUGCUUUCUGGGUAUGCUGAACCAGCUCAUAUCAAUGAUUUUAUGUUUGAACAGCAAAGAAGAACUUUUGCCACAUAUGGUUAUGCAUUGGACCCUUCAUUAGAUAAUCAAGUAACUACUAAAUAUAUUGGUUCUGUAGAAGAAGCUGAAAAAAAUCAAGGUUUAACUGUGUUUGAAACUGGUCAGAAGAAAAUAGAAAAGAGGAAAAAGUUCAAAGAAAAUGAUGCAUCUAACAUUGAUGGUUUUCUGGGGCCAUGGGCAAAAUAUGUGGAUGAAAAAGAUGUAGCCAAACCUUCGGAAGAAGAACAAAAAGAAUUGGAUGAAAUCACAGCAAAGAGGCAGAAAAAAGGCAAACUGGAAGAAGAGAAGCCUGGGGAGGAAAAGACCAUCUUACAUGUUAAAGAAAUGUAUGACUAUCAAGGCAGGUCCUAUCUUCACAUACCUCAGGAUGUUGGUGUUAAUCUGCGGUCAUCUGUGCCACCUGAGAAGUGUUAUCUUCCCAAAAAACAAAUUCAUGUGUGGUCCGGACACACAAAGGGUGUCAGUGCUGUCAGAUUGUUUCCUCUCUCGGGCCAUUUAUUGCUGUCUUGUUCCAUGGACUGUAAAAUUAAGCUAUGGGAAGUUUAUGGAGACAGGCGCUGUCUGCGAACAUUUAUUGGUCACAGUAAAGCUGUUAGGGACAUCUGCUUUAAUACUGCAGGAACACAGUUCCUCAGUGCAGCUUACGACAGGUAUCUUAAGCUCUGGGACACUGAGACAGGACAGUGUAUAUCAAGAUUUACUAACCGAAAAGUACCCUAUUGUGUCAAAUUUAAUCCUGAUGAAGAUAAACAAAAUCUCUUUGUGGCUGGGAUGUCUGAUAAAAAGAUUGUGCAAUGGGACAUUCGAAGUGGAGAAAUUGUGCAGGAAUAUGAUCGGCAUUUGGGAGCUGUCAACACCAUUGUUUUUGUUGAUGAGAAUAGGAGAUUUGUGAGCACAUCUGAUGAUAAGAGCCUUAGAGUUUGGGAAUGGGAUAUCCCUGUGGAUUUCAAGUAUAUAGCAGAACCCAGUAUGCACUCAAUGCCUGCAGUGACUUUGUCUCCAAACGGGAAAUGGCUAGCAUGCCAAUCAAUGGACAACCAAAUAUUAAUUUUUGGAGCACAGAACAGAUUUAGAUUAAAUAAGAAGAAAAUUUUUAAGGGCCAUAUGGUAGCAGGCUACGCUUGUCAGGUGGACUUUUCACCAGACAUGAGCUAUGUGAUUUCAGGAGAUGGAAAUGGAAAGUUGAACAUCUGGGACUGGAAGACCACAAAACUCUACAGUCGGUUUAAAGCUCACGAUAAAGUGUGUAUUGGUGCAGUGUGGCAUCCUCACGAAACAUCUAAAGUCAUCACCUGUGGCUGGGAUGGUCUCAUUAAGUUGUGGGAUUGAUGAGGUUAAUCCUUAACUAUCUAGGAUUGUUUUUGACCCAAUAACCUAUUUAACUAUAUUUAAUUGUUAAAUGUGUUGGAUGAUAACUUGAUUUACAGAUUAUCAUUUCCUUACAUGGCCUUAUAAAGUUGACACAUUGUUUGAAAAAGAACUUUGUAAAUUUGACUCAUAUAAUUUCAUUGGCAACUUUAUUUUGUUCUUUAUAGAUAUUAUUUAUACAGAGAAUGACCAUCAGUUUUCUAUUUGACAAAUAGAUCCUAUUGGCAGGCAGUUUGGGCUCACCCCCAAGACACACAGAAAAGAUCCCCUGGGAGUCGGGUAAGAAUUCCUCGAGGAUUGGGGUUCUGAAGGCGGUGAUAUAGUUAAUGACAACUCAGAAAGGUACCGUGUACUUAUCUUAAACAAAAAGAGAGUAAAGAACAGGGAUGAUAUAAUUUAAUGUGACUGAGAGAAGGAUAAAACCACCCACAAUUACUGUUUCUAUUAUUGCCAGUGGGUCAGGUUCUAAUCUUUUGGAUUGAGAAGUUCCACUAUUUUUUAUGACACAUGUUGUGUAUUUUUAGUUGUAAGCCAGCAAUUUUCUCUGACUGCAGCAUUCCUCUAAUUAUUAAACAGUGUAAAAUACAAAUCAGCCCAGAGUUCUUUCCUUGACUUUCUUCCUGACCAGUAUAUAAUAAGAGAAUUAUGUUAUUUUUGAAGAUGAAACUCAAGAGAAUGAGUCAGAACUUUGGACUUUACUUGUAUUUACUGUCAGUAAGAACCUGGCUAUUCUUUCAUAAAUCAGGGUCUCUUAGGCCAUUGUUUCACAGAUAUUACUACUGAAAUAUUUCUCAUUGGAUUUAGGGCAAAGAUCAAAAUACCAACUUGUAAUUUCUUUGAAGAGUUAUAUGUCUUAUCUUUAAAAUAUUCUGAUUUGGUUUGGGAAUAUACUCGACAGAACUUUUUAAAAUCAAUAAAGUUUUAAACAUCUUUCUAAAUCUUUGAGUAAAAUAGACAACCAGGAAAAUGGCUAGUGUUCCCCAGUUUGAGAAGCAGUGGCUGUGGUUGGGUUUAAAAAUUUGAGAUUGUGAAAUUAAGAUAACCUCUUGAAUACAGUAGCUAAUAGCACUUUAGUUGACAAACCAUUUCUCUAGCUUUAUUACAAAUCUGUAUCAGAUGUUUGAAUGUAGUUUGAAAUGUUUCGUUACUAUGCUAGGAAAGAUUGGUUCAUAGCUGCUCAGAGUGCUGACUGGGAGAGCAACAUCAUACUGAGUGAUGAUAUCCUAAGGCCAUUAGCUCGGAUUCAUGUGCUAUCAAAGCAGUUUAUACUUCUUGCCCUUAAAAACAUCCAUUUUUAAAAAUUAAUAUGAAAAAAGAAAACUGGUAUAGAUGGCCAUGUGCUGUAGCCACAUAUAAGUAAAUGUCAAAGACGAAAAUAGAAAAAUGAUAAAAGUGGUAGAGCCAUAGUUUUGGACACAAAAGCACUCAGCAGAAUACACUGCCAGCUGCUGCCCUUUCUGUACCUGCCAGGAAGGGUGGCCACCGUUCCUCAAGAAGAGAGAUUUCAGACGAGACCUUUGCUUUAGUCCCAACCACUGGGUUUCACAAAUGUGAAUUAAUCACAUUUGAUUAAUAAUAAAAGAAUCGUAUAUUUAAACUACCUUGUUCAGCACCAGUAUUGUGUAUGUUACAAAUCAUUUCUAAAUCUGGGUUUAUUUUAUUGUGUUUUUGACUGUUUCUAAACUAAGCAACUGUGUAUAAAAGUUCUCUUUUUUAAAGAAAUCCUAUUUUUAAAUAAAGCAUUUUUUAAAAAA